GAUCCGUCGCCGGAAUCGUCUUUGGCAGGCUCCUCCCGGCCCUCGUCCUCGGCCUCGCGGUCUUUCUGGGCUGGUGCAACCUCGACGAGAGCGCUCCCUGGGAGGGCCGGUUCUUCGUGGUCCUCRUCCCCCUGCUCAAGGGCUACCUGCCCCCCAUCCUCUUYGGCCACGGCCGGCUCGGGGCCAAGGAAACCCCGCCGGUCCCCCMAGGACUGGUGCCGCAGCCCCGGCCGGAGGGAGAGCUCUUCGCCACCCUGGCCGGGACCGGGGACCUCAUGCCCAGGAACGGGCUGGGCAUGUGCUGCCGGCCCACGGCCUACGACGACGUCUCGGUCGAGCGGUCGGUCGAGUGGUUCCUCCUCAAGGGCGGCCGGCACAUCGACGGAGCCCACCUCUACCUCAACCACGCCGCGAUCGGCAGGGGGAUCCGCAACGCGAUGGCGAAGGGCGUCCCCCGGUCCGAGAUCUUUCUGACCACCAAGAUCUGGCCGUCCGACUUUGGCUACGACCGGGCCCUUUCCAAGGUACCGACCUACCUCGAGGAGCUCGGCCUGGACUACGUCGACAUGCUCCUCAUGCACUUUCCGGUCCGCAUGACCAUGACCCUGCCGAGCGACUGCAAGGCGGCGGGCCGGAACAUUUCCGAGUGCCGGCAGGACACCUGGAGGGCCCUCUCGGAACUCCGGGCGUCGGGGAUCGUCCGCAACGUCGGCGUCUCCAACUUUUCCAGGCCCCARCUGGAGGAGAUUUUGGAACUGGAGGGCGUCGCGCCGAUCUCGAACAACCAGAUCAGCUGGAGCCCGUGGGUGCCUUCCGAGUGGCUCGAGACGGUGGCMUUUUGCAAGGAGCAGAACAUUGCCAUCACGGGCUACUCGAGCCUCGGCGGGUCGCUCGAGCACCACAAGGCCCAAACGGUCUCCACCCUCAYCGAGAUUGCCGAGGGGCACAACCGGUCGGUCGCCCAGGUCAUGCUCCGGUGGGCCCUCCAGACGGGGGCGGCGGUCAUCCCCGGGACGGGGAACCCAAACUACAUGGAGGAGAACCUGUCGAUCUACGGCUUUGAGCUGACGGACGGCGAGAUGGAGGCCAUCGAAUCCCUCCGGGAGWCCGACGAGGCCAAGAAGUUCAUUGUCAUGAAACCACUGGAAUAAACGCAACACCACGGACGCCGGGAGAAAGCCAAGCCAAGCCACGGAACACGAUACGAAAUAAAACAAAACGAAACGAUACAAAACAAGACAAAAAGCAAGACCAAGGUACUCUCUGCACCACAACGCAUGGAUUACAGCGACGGACGGGGUAUGGAUCCACUCGAGAACGGCGGAUUCCCAGGAAUAAAAAACAGGACACUAUAAACAAUUAUUUUUGCG